UUCUUUUCCUCUUACCUCUGUCUACAAUCAAAGCACAUCCCAAGGUCCAUCACCUAUGGACUAAAGACUAAUUUCUUUAGGUGAGAAUUUCCAGAAUAUUCCACAUUCUCAUGAGAUCUCUGAACUCUUCUAUCAGGUUUGUUUUAUAAUUUUUUUUACUCAUUUCACAACAGAGCUGCCAGAGCUGUGUUGAAUUUUUAUGAAACUGAUAACAUAUAUGUAAUUUAUAUGUAAUUUACAACAUGUAUGUAACUAUUAUUACACUUGAAAAUAAAAAUUAUAUACAAUUUUUUUAGGUAUCCCAUCUUAAACUGUUCUGACCUCAUUUGAACUCCCCUUUUUAGCUAUUCUGGGGCCUCUCUUAUCUCAUUUUUACUCCUGGCCACUCUUGCUCUUGCUUUCUGACAACACAGAUGGGUGGCCUUGCACAAACUGAUAACUGUGGCAAUUUCUCAGCACUCUAUUCACUAAUAAAAGAUGUUAUUUUCCGAAUUAGGCAGGCAUGUGCCAUAGUUGCUCAGUGGCUGAAGAUGAGAGGUCGGGCUGUGGCUGCCUGGCAGUCCUGUGAGCCAUUGGACUUUACAGCUCCCAGGUUGUUGAUGCAUUGUUUUACCAGCAGCUAGGUUAAGUAAUUAGAGUCUGUCAGGGAAAGGAAGUCCUGCUUAAAGUGUUUGUAAGCUUUUAGUUUUUUAAGGUAAUCGAUUCUUAAUUUUUCUCUUCAGUUUGCUGUUUAGUUCUCAUUUAUGUGCUUUGUUAUUUUUGUGUUGCAAUGAGCCGAAGAGUGUAGGCUGCUUAGUUGAAAAUGGGAGCCCUGCAAAGGGUUAACCAGCAGAGAAUUACAAAUGAACUAUCAGGAAAGUUGAUUAUUAAUCCAGCAAGAGAGAAAAUAUCCUUCCAGUUAGCAAGAAUUAGUACCUGAAGAGCUGAUAAUAUUGUUCGGGCUGUCGGUGUGGAAUGGCAAAACCAGAAGAAUGUCUUCCAAGCAGGCUACCUCUCCAUUUGCAUGUGCAGCUGAUGGAGAGGAAACAAUGACCCAGGACUUAGCACCACGAGACAAGGAGGAGGGCAACAGUGAUCAGCAUGGAGCCUCUCACCUGCCUCUACACAACGUCAUGCACAACAAACCUCACUCCGAGGAGCUACCCACCCUGGUCACCACCAUCCAGCAGGACCCCGAGUGGGAUGGAGUCAUCUCAGCCCAACACAGAAUGGAGUCAGAGAGUAAUAAGUUAUGUUCCCUAUAUUCCUUCCGAAAUACCUCUACCUCACCAAACAAGCCCGACGAAGGAAGCCGCGACCGCGCCGAGCUCAUGGCCAGCGCCAAUUUUGGGACGCCCGAGCGCCGCAAGGGCAGCCUGGCAGAUGUGGUGGACACACUGAAGCAGAAGAAACUCGAAGAAAUGACCAGGACUGAGCAAGAAGACUCAUCCUGUAUGGAAAAGCUACUUUCUAAAGACUGGAAGGAGAAGAUGGAAAAAUUAAACACAAGUGAUCUCCUUGGAGAAAUUAAAGGUACACCAGAAAGCCUGGCAGAAAAAGAGCGACAGCUCUCGACCAUGAUCACGCAGCUGAUCAGCCUCCGGGAGCAGCUCCUGGCUGCCCACGAUGAGCAGAAAAAGCUGGCAGCCUCACAAAUUGAGAAACAACGGCAGCAAAUGGACCUUGCUCGCCAGCAGCAAGAACAGAUUGCAAGACAACAGCAGCAACUUCUGCAACAGCAGCACAAAAUCAAUCUACUGCAGCAGCAAAUUCAGGUUCAGGGUCACAUGCCUCCGCUCAUGAUCCCAAUUUUUCCACACGACCAGAGGACACUGGCAGCAGCUGCUGCAGCCCAGCAGGGAUUCCUCUUCCCCCCAGGAAUAACAUACAAGCCAGGUGAUAACUACCCUGUGCAGUUCAUUCCAUCUACAAUGGCAGCUGCUGCUGCUUCUGGACUCAGCCCUUUACAGCUCCAGCAACUGUAUGCAGCUCAGCUGGCAAGCAUGCAAGUUUCUCCUGGAGCCAAAAUGCCAUCUACUCCACAGCCACCAAAUACAACAGGGGCACUUUCACCCACUGGGAUGAAAAAUGAGAAGAGAGGGACCAGCCCGGUAACUCAAGUGAAGGAUGAAGCAGCUCAGCCCCUGAACCUCUCAGCCCGACCCAAAACAGCUGAACCUGUCAAAUCCCCGACAUCUCCAACACAGAAUCUCUUCCCAGCCAGCAAAAGCAGCCCAGUGACAGUGACAAGCAAGAGUGGCAUCCCCAGCCCUCUCAGUGGCUCUCUGGCAAGAGGAUCCUCCUUAGAUAUCCUUUCCAGUCUUAAUUCACCUGCCCUAUUUGGGGACCAGGACACAGUAAUGAAAGCCAUUCAGGAGGCCAGAAAAAUGAGAGAGCAAAUCCAAAGGGAACAGCAGCAGCAACAGCAGCCUCAUGGUGUUGAUGGAAAAUUGCCCUCCAUGAAUAACAUGGGUCUGAACAACUGCAGGAAUGAAAAGGAAAGAACAAGGUUUGAAAAUUUAGGCCCGCAGUUAACAGGGAAACCCAAUGAAGAUGGAAAAAUUGGCCCUGGUGUCAUCGAUCUGACCAGGCCAGAAGAUGCAGAAGGGAGUAAAGCAGUGAAUGGCUCUGCAGCUAAACUACAGCAGUAUUAUUGUUGGCCAACAGGAGGGGCCACGGUGGCUGAAGCCCGGGUGUACCGGGACUCGCGGGGCCGCGCCAGCAGCGAGCCCCACAUCAAGCGGCCGAUGAACGCCUUCAUGGUCUGGGCCAAGGAUGAGCGCCGGAAAAUCCUCCAGGCCUUCCCCGACAUGCACAACUCCAACAUCAGCAAAAUCCUAGGAUCUCGCUGGAAGUCCAUGUCCAAUCAAGAGAAGCAACCUUAUUACGAGGAGCAGGCACGACUAAGUAAAAUCCACCUAGAAAAGUACCCGAAUUACAAAUACAAGCCUCGACCAAAACGUACCUGCAUUGUGGAUGGGAAGAAGCUGCGCAUUGGGGAAUACAAGCAGCUGAUGAGGUCUCGAAGACAGGAGAUGAGGCAGUUCUUUACUGUAGGACAGCAGCCUCAGAUUCCAAUCACCACGGGAACAGGAGUUGUCUACCCUGGUGCUAUCACCAUGGCCACCACCACGCCGUCCCCCCAGAUGCCAUCAGAUUGCUCCAGCACCUCUGCCAGCCCCGAGCCCAGCAUCCCUGUCAUCCAGAGCACUUAUGGCAUGAAGACGGACAGCGGGAGCCUCCCUGGGAACGAAAUGAUGAACGGAGAGGAUGAAAUAGAAAUGUACGAGGACUAUGAGGAUGAUCCCAAAUCAGACUAUAGCAGUGAAAACGAAGCCCACGAGGCAGUCAGUGCCAACUGAGGAGUGUUCACAGAAUUAAAGUACUCAGACUCAUUUGGGUUUUUUUGGGGUUUUUUUGAACAAAAGUUCUUAAAGAGCCUGCAUGCAUGUGUGGCUCCUACAGUUACAUCAGCAGAAUGGUCUUAAAUGUUUCUUAUUGUGUGAGACAGAUUGUUUCCCUAAUUUUUCAUGAACUUGGGGUUUUUUUUUUUGUUUGUUUUUGUUUUGUUUUGUUUUUUAAUUUAGAUGAAGACAUAAAUAUCAGACAUCAGGACUUGAAAACUUAUAUGAAUCAAUAGCUGUCUUACAAGUCUUACCUUUUGUCUUUUUCCGUUUGGAUGCUGAUAAAGGUUUAAGUUACUGUUUUAGAUGGGGGUUAUACAUUCUCACUCAGGUAUGCUGUGCCAGCCUACAGGUUGUGAAUGUGUUUUUAUUCUGGAUUAUUUUAGAAAACAAAAACUGCAGAUUUCAUAUUGUGAAACAGAACAAGUCCGCAAGUGUGCACACCUGUGCAUCAUAGCUUGUCUUUAAAAAAUAGUCUCUGAAUUCCAUUUUUUUUUUUCCAUAUGUAUAGCUGAACUUCUGAUGUGCCAAACUUUUCGUAACUUUUGAAUCUUAACAUUUAAACAAAAAGUCUUAAAGGAGACACUGUAAAGUCUUAGACAAUCCUUUGGCAUCUUAAAAAAAAAAAAAAUUAUAUAUAAAACCUAACUUUUUCCAGAAUAUGGUAAAGUACUCAGGAAUCUGGAGACAGGAUAUUCUUAAUUAGUGAACAUGGUUGCCAUAGUGCAUGUGCCCAAUUGCUUUUGCCUCUUGAUGUGCCAUUAGUGUGAAAUUUGAAGCACAAAAGAGCGAUCACCAGCUAUGGACGGGCCUGUCUUAGCAGUGUGAGGCCACCUCUGAUUACAUUCUCUACCCCUUUGCUUUUAACCCUUGCAUUCAGUCUUAACACAUUUUCUCUUAAAUAAUUUAUUCAUUCCAGAAUGUCAAGGGUCCAAAUACUUAAUAUUUAUUUUUAAAAGUACAGUUGGUGGCAUUACACUUACAAUUCCUUAUUGAUAUUUUAAAGAGCCUCUUCUUUCCCCUUCCCUAAAUCACACAGGUAUAUGAAAAUAAAAGUGCACCUGCUACUAAAAUGAACAUGACCUUUAUGAAUGAGAAAUUCACUUGUUCCUCUAACACUGUAUGUUCAAGGAGCACUUGGAAACACUCUGCUAUAUGUAUUGCAAAAUAAAGUGAGUACUUUUAUAUGUACAUAGAGUA